AUGCAGUCAAGAAGUCAGGCUUUCAAUGUGCGCCGGGGGUGGACACGUGCUGAAGUGCAAGCUGCAAAGCGCCAGGAAGAAGAAUCAGAAGAUUUGAUUGAGCAGCCAGAUACCGAGGCCCUCUUGCAGCCCCAGCCAUCCGGUCCUCAUGCUGCUGCGACAAGCUAUGGAAGUCCUCGGGACAUGGAACCAACGGCAGAUGCAGCUGCUCGCCGCGCUGCCUUCGCACGGAAUCGGUCCUUGACCAUGACUCGCACAAAGCGGAGAUGGUGGCGCAGCGACGCUCGGGCCCUGAAGGAGAUUCUGAGCAAUUGGGCCAACGUGCUGCUGGUCACCGUCCCGCUGGGCCUUAUUGCUGGUGCUCUGAACUGGACCGCCGAGUACGUGUUCGUUCUGAACUUUCUCGCCCUCAUACCCUUGGCGCUCAUCCUGGGCGAUGUCACAGAGGAUCUGGCGCUGAGAUACGGAUCAGUGAUUGGCGGGCUCAUAAACGCCACUUUUGGCAACAUAGUGGAGGUCAUUCUGUCAAUCGCAGCGCUGCUCAACGGACUGUACGCCGUAGUGGCGGCCUCCCUGCUUGGAAGCAUCUUGUCCAACCUGCUGCUGGUCACGGGUUGCAGCUUCUUCUUCGGAGGGCUGUUCAAUAAAACCCAAAAAUUCAAUGCGACCGGAAGCCAGGCGUCUGGCUCACUGCUCUUCCUGGCCGCUCUGGGUUUCCUGAUCCCCGCGGGGGCGGCUUUGCUGUUUGGGUCGGGGGAUGUGGACAGCAACAGUGAGCUGGUGCUGGGUAUUAGCCGGGGUACGGCAGUUGUACUGCUGCUGUGCUACGGCUGCUAUCUGGGCUUCCAGCUGUACACACACACGGACCUAUUCGAGGACACUCCCGAGGAGUCCUCUGCCAGUGGGGGGCCCCCCCUGGAGAGUCAGGAGCCCAUGAUGAGUCUGGUGACGUCACUCACACUGCUAACCGUCGUAACGCUCACAGUGGCGGCGGCGUCUGAGUCUAUGGGGGUGGCGGUCGGCUCGUCCAUUCAGGUGGCGCUAUUUGCCGUACCCUUUGCUGUGGUGGUUGGCUGGAUUACAGACCACCCCUUCACGCUGGACUUCGACCCCUUCUCCGCCAUGGCGCUGAUGCUGUCCGUGGCGCAGUCCAACUUCGUGACGGCCGGCGCCACCUCCCACUGGCUGCUGGGGGUUCAGCUCAUUGCGCUCUACGUGCUGCUAUCACUGGCCUACUACUUCAAUCGCCCUUCAGUGUUUGCGAUGUGCCCUUUGGCUCGGGGUUUCUUUGCCUUGCGGUAUAGAAACUUGGUAGCCCUCUGUAAUAACAACAACAUCAACAACAUCAACAUCAACAACAUCAACAACAUCAACAACACACAUACAUAUCCAAAGCUGCCCACCGACCCACCCUUGUUCACUAAUGACCCGCCGCUGUCCUCCGAAGGUAGUGAUGAUUCGUGGUAUGGCCAGCUCGUUGCCGGCAGCGACAGCGGCAGCGCCAGCGACACGGCUUCGGACAGUGACAGUAUGUCCGAUACUGUCGUCCGUGGCGCUGGCGCAGCAGGACUGGUCGCGGGCACCGGUGUUGCUGUCGAGCACACCGGGGCGCAGACCGCCGCACAGGGCGGGGCACCUCCACCCCAUCCGGACCUGCCAGCAUUUGCUGCGUUGGCGCGUCCACUGGCCCACCCGGGGCCGACUGCGCCGAUAUCUCUAGUAUCGCCCACCAUCAGAGCCAGGAAGGUGUUAUUCAACAUCAGCUCGAACAGCGUGGGCACAUGCAUGGGCUUCAGCUCCAGCCCGCGGCAGCGUGUAAACUUCGCAACGACACGGUACAAAGGUGGCCGCCUGUCCACGCAGCCGAAGUUCCUGACGGCGGCGGCCCGGACAUCUCGGGACGCUGGGAUGGAGAAGCCCGCCAUGUGCCAGCUGCGCGCUACCGUGACUUUCCGAGACGACGUGAUUGUCUGCUCCUGCCCCCUCUUUGCUGCACACGGGAUGUGCAUGCACAGCGCAGUUGUCAGCAAGGCGCUUCCGGAGAACUGGCGGGCCUACGCACGUGGCGACAGCCGGCACCAACGACCCGUCGUCUAUGCUGGGCCCGUGAGUGAGGCGGACCUGCGUUUGUUGGUACAUUCUCUUCCCCUCGCCGCCUACGAGGCGGAGGUCCGGACCAUGCCCCCGGUUGAGAAGUGGGCGCCCGCGCCAGGCAGCCUGGAGGGCUGCAUGCACAUCGGCAAGGCAGAGGCGCGUCUUAUGCGGGAGCUUGCACAGGGUGCAGGGCGCUAUGAGGGGCCCGCGGUGAUGUGCACCACAGCCACAGCCAGUGCGCUCUUUGAUGGCACACGGCGCGGUAAGGCUCGUGACUUGUGCUCCCAGUUGGAUGCUUUGCAGCAGGAGCUGACGUCGGGGGAAUGGGCGGAGUUGGAGAGCAGCAUGGAUCACAUACUGGGCAUUUUGGCGCGGAGGAGGGAGGCAGCCACAGUGGCGGGGUGCCCCGUCACAGUGGCAGAGUGGCCCCGUGUGCCUCGUCACCUGGAGCGGAACACCAGCAGCAGUGGUGAGGGCCUCGUCGCCUCGCCAGAGGCGCGGGCGGCCCGUCCCACGGACCGGCGGCGCCUCACAGACCGCGUGGUUAAGCCCCUGCAGGGUGGGCGUCGGCAGCGGCAGCGGGACGAGCCGGGCAUGAACACAGAGGAGGAGGAGGAGGCUGGGAGUGGGGCCGAGGUCGGAGGCGAGCUGGCGCCCGCCAGGGGGCCGGGUCGGAAGAAGAAGAGGAAACCGGCGACACGGCCCCGGGCGACAGGCCUGCCCCCGCUGGCGCCGCGCGCGCGGACUCAGCCGGCGGAGACGGGCAUCGGCGCGGGGACGGCUGGCAUGGCGGCGGUUCAGUUGGAAGACGAUGAGGACUACUGUGUUAUUGUGGAGUAG